ACAGCCCGGACCCGCGGAGGACCCCCGACCCUCCGCCCCGGUAGGCGAGGGGUCGGGGAGGCCCGGGGCCCCCUCUCCGUCCGGGGCGGCCGCGGCGGGACACCCCGGGAGCCCGGAGGGAGGGUGGGGAGGGGAGGGGAGGAAGGGAAGGGAAGGGGGCGCGGGGGCCAGCUCGGCCACGGUGCGACCCCCCGCCCCCCUUCCUCCCCGUCGGUCGUGGUGUCCGGUCCCGCAGAGGCCUAGCCCCCUCCCCCCCCAGCCCCCGGGCACCGCGAUGGGCUGGACGCUGCCGCUCGCCCUGGGUUGCAUCAGCCUGCUGGGCCCGCCCGGCCUGCCCGGCCUGCCCCUCCCGGGGGGCUCCGCCCAAGGGGCCCAGGGGCCGCCGCUGCUCACCCGCCGCAGGGAGCCCCCCGACCGUCCCGGCGGCCCGCGCUCGCCGCCCCGUCUCCCGGGUCCGCUCCGCCGACCGACGGCGACCCCUCCCCGGCCUCCGCCGCCGGCGGGCCCCGCGCGGCCCCUCCGGACCCCCCGGGCCCCCCGAGGACGGGGCCGGCGGCACGCGGGACCUCGGCGGCACCACGUCCAGCUGAUGCGCGUGGGUUGCGCGCUGGGCACCUGCCAGGUCCAGAACCUCAGCCACCGGCUCUGGCAGCUGAUGGGUCAGUCCGGCCGCCGAGACUCGUCGCCCAUGGACCCCAACAGCCCUCACAGCUACGGCUGAGGGGCCGGGUCCCGCGCGGCCCGGGUCGCGGCCCGGAUCCCGCGCCUCCUGGAUCCCGCGCCUCCUGGAUCCCGUGCCUUCCGCCCCCCCCCCCCCCCCCCCCGGUAUGGGGGCUCCCCUUCCGGGAACGGCGACCUCCCGAGCCAGCCCCACCCCCUCACCCCAACUCCCAUAUCUAGAUUAACACACACACACACACGGACACACACAAGGGUACUAACGAUUCCAAAUACAUCGAGCAAUCCGUCAA